UAAUAAUAAUAAUAAUAAUAAUCUUUGUCCUCUCAUCUCAUCAAUGGCUGGAACAGCUCAAAGUGGUGAAGAGAGGCGUUCUCGGAAGACACCAUUCAAUGCCAACCCUCCUAAAAUUGCUAUUUACUUCAAAUCUCAGGAUGGUGACGUGAUGGGAUAUCGAUAUGAGCGUGACAAGAAAAUGAAGUAUUUGUUGUCUUAUUACUGCCAAGAAAAGAGUUAUGACCAAAAUACUGUUGAGUUUUUGUUUGAAGGGAAACGCGUCACAGCUGCAAACACUCCAUCUCAGCUGGAAAUUAAGGAUAAUGAUGAGAUCGAAGUCAUGCUGCACUGCAGUGGUGGUGGAUUUUGCUCGUCCAAUACUCUCAACCAUUAAAUAGGAAAUUAAUAGGAUUUUGCUUAGCAUUGUCCAAAUUAUGAAUGUGCAGAUAGACUGCAAUGGCCCCGACUUUAGUUGUUAUUAGUCCAGCUUAUUUUCUCCUACAGAUGUGGAUGUAACUAUUGUAGUUCUUAAAUUUGAGAUUGCAUU